AAUCACAACAUUCCAAGAAAUAAGUAAAACCCUAAUUAAAACCCCAAAUCACAAACCCUACACCCAUUUUCCCCACAGACUUCCUUCGUCUUCAUCUUCUAAUCAAGGAUAAAAUCUGAAGCAAAGAUGUAUCUUCAGUUUUACAUAAAUGAAAAUGGUGACAAAGUUUACACCACCAAGAAAGAAUCACCAACUGGAUUAGCCACACAGUCUGCUCAUCCUGCUCGGUUUUCACCAGAUGAUAAGUUCUCAAGGCAGAGGGUUCUCUUAAAGAAGCGUUUUGGCUUGCUGCCAACCCAACAACCACCUCGUAAGUACUGAGUAGCUCUGCUCUAUUGGAUGUCAUCCAUUGUGUGUGUAGGCUUGGUCAUUCUAAAUGGUUUACAGGGUACAAGUCUUGUUGAACCGUGGCUAAGUUCAAUUAUGGAUGGUCUGUUUUCAUUAGUUUUAAGCUGUCUAGUUUUCAUUUGUAGCGUGCAACUUUUGUUGAUGUGACGAUAUAUGUAAACAUAUGAAUUAGUAUUAAUUGCAGUUCUUGAAGUUUGCUUUAAA